AUGACUACUUCUAUCACCAGCCCAGAGAGUGCAUACGCACAAGACCCUGAAAAGCUUGUAAAAACCAGCGGUAUCUCGUACUCGGACGACCAGCCGGCCAGUUUCGAAGGUGUUAGUAUAGCGGCGCCAGAAGACGGCAAACACGAUGGAAUUCGACUAAAGAAGGCGCUCGACGCCCGUCACGUGUCCAUGAUUGCCAUUGGAGGUUCGCUCGGGACAGGUCUCCUGAUUGGAACCGGCAGUUCGCUUGCGAAUGCAGGUCCCGUCUCCAUCUUGAUUUCCUACUCCUUCAUUGGUCUUAUUGUCUACGUCGUGAUGAGCUGUCUGGGAGAAAUGGCGGCCUUCAUUCCUCUCGACGGCUUCACGAGUUAUGCGUCCCGGUACUGCGACCCAGCCCUUGGGUUCGCAGUGGGUUACUCCUACUUGUUCAAAUACUUUAUCGUUACACCCAACCAGCUCACGGCAGGGGCUUUGGUGAUGCAGUACUGGGUAAGUCGUGACAAAGUCAAUCCAGGUGUCUGGAUCACCAUUUUCCUCGUUUCCAUCGUCAUCAUCAAUACCGUGGGUGUUCGCUUCUUCGGUGAAUUCGAGUUCUGGCUCUCGAGUGUCAAGGUUCUCGUGAUGCUGGGCUUAAUAAUUUUGCUGUUUGUCAUUAUGCUUGGAGGUGCCCCCAACCACGACCGCACAGGCUUUAGGUACUGGAAGAAUCCAGGCGCCUUUAAACCAUACUCAAAGGCGAUCGACGGAUCCAAGGGCAAGUUUGUGUCCUUUGCCUCCGUUUUCGCAUUGGCAUUGUUUGCAUACACUGGUACAGAGCUUUGCGGUAUCGUUGCCGCAGAGGCCAGAAACCCAAGAAGAAGUGUCCCCCGGGCUAUCAAACUUACUUUGUACCGUAUCGUCGUCUUUUAUGUCAUCACCAUCUUUUUGCUAGGUAUGACUGUUGCUUAUAACGACCCACUACUAUUGAAGGCCAAGAAAAUGUCUACAUCAGCCGCAGCCUCCCCCUUCGUCGUCGCAAUUGUCAAUGCUCAAAUUCCAGUCCUGCCUCACAUUUUCAAUGCAUGUGUCCUCGUCUUUGUAUUCAGUGCUUGCAACUCGGAUCUUUACGUUGCAUGCCGGACGCUAUACGGGUUGGCUAUUGACGGAAAAGCCCCCAGAAUUUUUGCGACAACCAACAAAUGGGGUGUUCCUUACUACGCUUUGAUCGUUUCGGUGCUAUUCUGUCUUCUCGCAUACAUGAACGUUUCUUCUGGAUCCGCUCAAGUUUUCAACUAUUUUGUUAAUGUUGUCUCCAUUUUUGGUCUGUUGAGUUGGAUCUCAAUUUUGAUUACUUACAUUUGCUUCGACAAGGCGGUGAGAACUCAAUUUGGUGACAAAUCUGCACUUUCUUACACUGCCAGUAUGCAACCAUGGAGCGCAUAUGUAGCCCUGUUCUUCUGUUGCUUGGUUGGUCUGAUUAAAAACUACACAGUAUUCCUAGGCCACAAAUUCGACUACAAAACAUUCAUUUCGGGCUACAUUGGCAUUCCAGUUUAUGUGAUAUGUUAUUUUGGCUACAAGAUCGUCAAGAAAACUAAGCUCAUCGCACCUGAGAAUGUCGACCUCUAUACCUUCAAGGAAAUCUUUGAUCAAGAAGAAGAGGAGGGUAAGUUACUUGAGGAAAAGAAGAGAGAGCAAAUGCAAAAUUCGGGGAUAAAUCUUGGUUACAUCUACGAGAAAUUUUUUGGUUGGAUUUUUUAA